AGUCGCUCUCUGUUAAGUGGAUAGUGAGUUUCAAAUACUUGGCUGUGUUUUAUAUUCACGUGGUGAACACAAAUUUGAUAAUAUCAAGUGCUUAAAUUUCAUAUUUCGCAAAUUGCUUCAACAUAUGGCACUUUAUUGAAUUCUUUGUUUUAACUGGAUUGUCAGAAUGGAGAGAAGAAAAGUAUCAGAGGCAAAAGAAACAGAUUAUGGGUCAGUACAAUUAAAAGAAGAAGAUGAAUCAACAUGGUGUUUUUGGCGAAAACGAAGAUACGUGGUUGCAGUGCUUGCAUUUUUUGGAUUCUUUGUUUCGUACAUAUUACGUGUAAAUUUAAGUGUUGCUAUUGUAGCUAUGACUGAAAACAGAACUAUAAAAAACGAUGCUGGUGACAUUAUUGGAUAUCAUCAAGAGUUCGACUGGGAUAGAAGACUACAAGGUCUUAUCUUAAGUUCCUUCUUCUAUGGCUAUAUUAGUACUCAAUUAUUAGGUGGUUGGCUAGGUGCUUUAGUUGGAGGAAAACGUGUUUUUGGACUAGGUAUCGCUGUUACUGCACUUUUCACCAUUGUCACUCCACAAAUAACAAGAUGUAGUGUGUACUUUCUUGUAUUCAUAAGGAUAAUUGAAGGGAUUUUCGAGGGUGUUACUUAUCCUUGUAUUCAUGCAGUAUGGGCCAACUGGGCACCACCUCUGGAAAGAUCAAAACUUGCAACAUUAGCUUUUUCCGGCAGCUUUGUUGGGACCGUGUUUGCAAUGCCAGUUUGUGGAAUCAUGGCAGAGAGAUAUGGUUGGGAAAGUAUUUUUUACGUCUUUGGAGCAAUUGGUUUAAUUUGGUUCGUUUCUUGGUGGAUUGUCGUCAAAGAUAAGCCUGAGGAUGAUCCUUACAUUUCUCAAGGGGAAUUAAAAUACAUCAAACUUUCCCUUGGAAAUGUUGAACGAAAGAAAAUUGUACAUCCUUGGAAGUCAAUGCUGACGUCUCCACCAGUUUGGGCUAUUGUUUCAGCUCAUUUCAGUGAAAAUUGGGGAUUUUAUACUAUGCUGACACAACUGCCAACGUACAUGAAUGAUGUUUUGAAUUACAAAUUGGAGAAAGCGGGUUUUAUGUCAGCUCUUCCCUAUUUAGUGAUGGCAAUUGUGCUUCAAUUAUCAGGUCACCUGGCGGAUUAUCUAAGAUCAGAAAAGAUUUUAACUACCACACAAGUGCGGAAAACGUUUAAUUGUGGAGCAUUUUUAAGCCAAACGCUUUUUAUGUCUGCGGCGGCAUUUAUUACAAAUCCUCUUGGUGCAGUUGCCUGUCUAACAAUUGCUGUUGGUCUUGGUGGUUUUGCUUGGUCAGGUUUUAGUGUUAAUCAUCUAGAUAUUGCCCCUCAACAUGCAAGCGUCCUAAUGGGUAUAGGCAAUACAAUUGCUACUCUACCCGGUAUUGUCAGUCCAAUCAUUACAGGAUUUAUCGUCCAAGAUAAGACUGCCGCAGAAUGGAGAAUUGUCUUUAUUAUCUCAGGAUUAAUUUAUCUGAUAGGAGCUAUUAUUUACGGAAUUUUUGCAUCUGGGGAAAAACAACCUUGGGCCGAUGAUACUAAGAAGGAGAAACUUUCUGCCUAUGAAAAUACCGCUAUGGAAAUUGAAACUUUUUAAAAAUCAGAAUUAAAGCUUUUCGAAAUAUUUAUUUUCUCAUUAUUCCACAUUUGUGUUCAAUAAGAUUUUAAUUCGAAAGAAACUUUUUCAUUUUAAGCAAAAAAAAAGAAGUUAAAUUCUGAAAACUCAAUAUAUUUUUUUUUAAAUUAAAAUCUACUGUAAAUAGCAGUUAGCAUUAAAUUAAAAACCUGAAAUCAUACAGAGUUAGCUUACAAAUGUGAUAUUUCAUUCUACUUUAUGCUAUUUUGACAAAAUCUUAUUAGAAAUUAGAAGUGACAAUGCAGACAAGGUGUUAAAAACUUUUUGACUCAAUUUAAUUUUGACAGUAACAGAAUUAGUCCUAAGUCUUCUCAACUAACAUUAAGAGCUUUGUGGACUUUUAAGGAUUUUUCCCCUACAUUCCAGUGAUGUACUAUACAUAAAUUUCCAAAAAAUGAUAAUAUAAUUGUUUUAUUAUCUGCGAUGAUUAAUCUUACACAAAUUUUGUACGUCAUUAAAAAUUAGUUUCAAGAUUUCUAAACAUUUAAUAGAAUCCGUAACAGAAAAAUUAAUUUUUUUUUAUAAGUAAAUAUGUAUGUACCACAUUGCAAAAUUUUAAAAGUUAAGCUAUAGAAAUACAUGAAAUUUUGACAAUUUUUUUCAGUUUUUCCUGAAAAAAAUUAAAUUUUUAAAGUAGAAUGUAUAACGGGUAAUUUAUCAAGUGAGACUAAAUGUAGUUAGCAUAAGGAUAACUGAAACAAACCACCUUUUCAUAAAUUUAUCAAUAAUAAUGUAAUGUCCCUUUCGUGCCUCCGGGACAUAUUUAUGUCCCACUUAGAAAAAUUUAUGUUAUUCUUAUAAAAGUCAACCAAUUAAUUUGCGGUAAAUUUCUUUCUGUUCCAAAUUGCCGCUGCUACAAUUAUAAAAAAAUAAUAAAUUACGUAGUACGAUUAUAAUUAUUAUAAAGAAUAGGUAAAAUACUUAUAAGAAAAUAGCGAAAUUUAAUUUUUCAAAAUUUCCUCAAAUUCACUUAAAACUUUUCUCACACAAGGGUAAACGGGGUCCCUGAUUACGAAUUUAAAGUCAGAUUUUCAAAAUUUUGAAAAUUCAAAAUGGCGGACAUUUUUCAAAAUUGCUCAAAUUUACAUAAAACUUGUUACUCGGGGGUUUUCGGGGUCGCUGAUUA